AGUGAGAGAGAGAGAGAAAGGGAGAGAGAGAAAGGGGGAGUCUGAAUCUUUCAGGCUUCCUCCUGUGGCUCGGAACGUGGCACGGCGGCGCGCCGAUGGGCGUGUGAUUUCCAACGCGCUCAGUACGAUGGAAGAAAAGCCCGACGCUCUCCACGGCGCGCCGGCUGCACUCGCGUGCUCGCUUCUGAUAUUGCAGACGCGUCUUACACAAUGAGCGCGCGCUCCGCGGCUCGCCGCGCUCCCGGUUCUUGCUCGUUUCGGAUCCGACCGUGAAGAAGAAAAAUAAGAAAAAAGACGAAGGACCAGGCGGAGGGCAAAAUCAGACUCGACUCGACGUUGGAUUUUACGAUUUGGUUGAUUUUUUUUGACGUUGCCGAAAGAAAGAAAAAGAGAGAGAAAACCGCCCAGAUGCUGAUGAUGAUGGAGAACGGCGGAAUGGACGCGCAUCAGGUUGAACGUGACGCGGAUUACGGCCGUGCGCGCUCCUGCACCUGGUCGCAGCUGCCGCUUCCGGAUGAGGAGCUCCGCGUUCCUCCGGUCAAAGCGGAGCCGUUCGACGUGCCCGCGUGUCGCGCCGAUAGAAACGGCACUGGCGGCGGCGCGCCGGCGGAGCUAAAGCACCCCGCCGGUGCGCCGGUGCCCCUCGCGGCCGCCGCGCUGGACGCGGCCGGCCAGCUGCGCAAAUCUAAAUCGUCGCGGCGGAACGCGUGGGGCAACCAGUCCUACGCCGACCUCAUCACCCGCGCCAUCGAAAGCACGCCCGACAAGCGCCUCACGCUCUCCCAGAUCUACGACUGGAUGGUGCGCUUCGUGCCAUAUUUCAAGGAUAAAGGGGACAGCAACAGCUCUGCCGGCUGGAAGAACUCAAUUCGCCACAACCUGUCUCUGCAUACCCGCUUCAUUCGUGUGCAAAAUGAGGGGACUGGAAAGAGUUCAUGGUGGAUGCUGAACCCAGAAGGUGGGAAGAUGGGAAAGGGUCCUCGUCGACGAGCUGCCUCCGUGGACAAUGGCACGAAGUAUCUGAAAUCCCGAGGCAGGAUAAGCCGAAAGAGGGCCAUGGGGAUGAGCCGAGGGCUUGGCGCGGGGCCUGGGAUCCAAGGGUCCCCCGAGCAUGGUAGCCCAGCUGGGAAAGCUGGCAUGGGAGUAGCGAGUGAAGAGUUUGAUGCUUGGGCAGACCUGCACUCUAGAACAAGUUCCUCUGCCUCCACGUUAAGUGGCUGCCUGUCACCGAUCGUGGCUGAAGCAGAGCCUGAUGAACCGGAGGAGGGAGGACUAUCCUGCUCAGCUUCACCUCGUCUCUAUCCGAGUCCCACAAGCACCAGAUCACCUGCUCUAGGCACCGGGGGACACUGUCCUUCAGUAGAGCUCCCUCAAUUGGCUAAUCUUACUGGUGCCAUCAGCUUAGAUGAAGACUUCUCUCAACCACAGCAGCUCAAGUGCAAUGGCUACCAUUACAGCCCCGCACCCAAAGGGGAAACAUCAUACUGUGGUACUGUCUAUGGUCAGCCUUCUUUAAGUAUGCUGAGGCACCAUGCCCCUAUGCAGACUAUCCAGGAAAACAAGCCAACCAGCUUCCAGCGCCCCUUAAGAGCUUACUCCGAGAACAAUGCUCUGGAGAGCCUAUUAGCUGGUGAGACACAGUACUGUGGUAAGGACCUAGUGGUAGGUCAGGGUCAAGCUCCCCAUUCUCUAAUGUCACGGGCUAAUGGCAUUGUACACCCUCACGGCCAUGAUCAGAGCUGCAGUCACAAUCACAGCCAGAAUCCCAAUCCCAAUCAAAACCUUCACAGUGAUCAUGGAGCAAACCAUAAGCAGAACUCAAGCCUUCAUCACAACCAAACUCCCAACAAGCAUCACCCAGAUCUAGACUACAACCAUGGUUCCAAACAUCACCCUGCUCAUGACUAUGUCCAAUCACACAAGCAAAUACAUAAGCUUAACCCCAGCCCUAAUUCAAACCAUAUGCACAGCCAUAUGCAGCACGGCAACUCACGGCAGUCUGCGCUUUCUCCCAGUGAAAUACUGCAACCCUACAACCACAAAUCCUCCAAUCCAUACGGCCCUCGUGCCCACCUUCCCUCUACCUCCCUACCCCCUAACCCAGCCAGCUUCAUCGAUGUGCCCCAGGACCCCUCCUUCAUGGCGUCUGCACCCCAGACCCGACACCAACCUUACCCUGGGGCUCAGCACCAGGGCCUGACAGAGCCCUGGCAUGGGUACUACCACUACCACCAGCAGCAAGCUCAGAAUGGCAGUCACCAACCUGGUCACCAUCAACCACCUCCUAACCGACUGCAGCAGUCAGAGAUGGAGAUCCACCAGAGCAGUCUGGAGGGUGAUGUCGAGUCUGUUCUUCUCAACGAUUUCAUGGACUCUACAGAGGGAAUGGACUACAAUUAUGAUGGCUCACUUUCUCAAGGUGUUGGCAUGGGAAUAGGUUUGGGAAUGGCCAUGGGGAUGUUUGCAGGGCCCCCACAAUCGCACAACAGCCAGAGUUGGGUUCCUGGGUAAUCAGAGAGGGGUUAACGGGGAAAACUUUCACUGUAGAGCGAAGUGGGGAAGUGGGGUGGGGUCCGAUCAGGUCAGAACUGAUUUGACUGUGAUUUAUUUUUGGUCCGAGAGCCAAACAGUACAAUAAGGCAUUUUAAGGACGUAUAGUGGUGCUGGUGUCAGUGCAGUCAUUUUGAACAUCAAUAUUCCUUCCUCUUUCCUCUCUCCUCCAGUCUGUUUUUCCUGCUGUGGAUUGAUAUAAUGACACCAUGUUUCAUCUUCUUGUCCUCUCUCUGUCCCUCAGUUCACUCCUUAAUAUCCAUCCCCUCUUUCUGGUCAAAAGCUCUCAAGCACUUUACAUCCAUCUCCCUAAAUUCAGACGCAGUAACAGCCACUCUGAAUCGAAGGGAGAAUCAUAUUGUUUGCUGGUUUUCUGGGUUUAAUGUAUCCAAAUGACUCUGUUAUCCUUCCAGAGUGAAAAAAUUUGUGUUGGUGUUUUUUUUUGUUUUUGUUUUAUUUUAUUUUACAUUUUUAUUUUUUGGAAUAAAAAAAUCGAUUAGAGGAUGGAGAAAUAAUUAUCUGUGCUGUCAGACAGUGUUGUGUUCAUGUUGGUCAGGGUUUUGUGUGUGCGUGUGGUGUGAGUGCGUAUGUGUGUGUGUCCCCUCGUCCCAUUCAGGUUCUUUCAGAUGUCCCUGUUUUCCAUACGCUAGGACAGUCAUCCAUCAGCACCAUGUUAUUGAUAUUCAGCAUAUCGUUUUUAUUCUCUAAAGUAAUGCGCCAGCUAUGCGUCACUACUCCAAAUCGAAUGUGGCACUCAGAGUGCGUGAGUGUGUGUGUGUGUGUGUGUGUGUGUGUGUGUGUGUGUGUGUGUUUUUCUUUCCCUUUUCAGGCAAACCAGCUUAAUGUGUUUUGGCUGGAGUGAUGAUUGAAGUCGCUCAACAGCAAAUGGUGGGGAAGAAGUGAAAGAGAGGUGGAGAGAGAGAGAGAGAGAGAGAGAGAGAGAGAGAGAGAGAGAGAAACAUGCAAAUAAUACCCUGUUCCUCUUUCGCUGCAUCUGUGGAUUUAUGUAGCUUUCCUUGUAAUGAGAUCAGGAACGAUCCGAGGCUACCACGCUUCCUGACCGAGGCUCUUUCCAGUGCACCUUGGACUAGCUGCGCUAAGAGCCGCACACUCUUACGAUCUGAAGCACUUUGAGCUUCAUCCUAAUCACCCUGUUUUUUUGUUAACAUUAGCAUAUUACAUUAUCAUUAACCUAUGCAGUGUUACUUUAGAUAAUCAAUGCUGAUAUAUCAGUCACGAAGCCUCAUUAACCCUCAUUAACUCCUCAUCAAUCCUCAUUCAAUCCUGCGGCGGAAAUUUGCGCAAUAUCACAUUAAAUGACAUUCUACAACGUCGGCGUCGUAAGGUAAAUGAUUCGAUAGCGAAAGACCGGACCUUACUUCCGAGAAAAGCCAGAUGACACCGCCGUCAAAAUCGGCUGUAGUGAACGGCAUGCUAAUUAGCACAAUCAGAAAAUGGUGCUAUCGCUCUUGCACAGAGGAACUCCUUACAUAUCCACUCCAUCCACUGAUUACACUUAGAGGGAGAGCGAUGUAAUGAAGUGCAUUACCAGGAACGAGGAUCAAGGAUGGGUGUAUUUUCCAUCUCCUGACAUCUCCUGAGAUCACCUGUGUUUUCCUACAGUCAGACGUCUUCUUUGCUAACCUCCAGAACACUAUAUAGGCAAAAGUUUGUGGACACCUAAUAUUAAGAUUUAUAUUUCCACAUUUCAUCCCCAUUUCCUUUUAUAGUAACCUUCACUCUUCUGGGAAGAUCUUCCACUAGAUUCUUUCAGAUUUGUGCUCAAUAAUAAAGUCAGGUAAUGAUGUAGGUGAGAAGGUGAGGAGGCCUGAGGUGCAGUCCGCGUUCAAAUUCAUCCCAAAUGUUUUCAGUAGGGUUAAAAGCUCUAUAGAAGGAGAUCUUCCACAUCUUCCAACCCAUAUCUUCAUGAAGCUGGCUUCAGGAGCAGGAGCAGGUUUGGGCAUCGUAGUUUAAGUUGUACACAUCCUGUACAAUCGUUCUCCUUCCAGCUUUGUGGUAACAGUAAGCUUGUGGAAUCAGGUGUCCAAAUACUUUUGCCCAGACUGUAUUGCUCUUUCUUUUUGUUUACCCUUAAUUAUAGAUGUUUUGUAAUUUUAGCUUUGUUUUAUCGGAAUAAAUGAAAAUAUAAUCAAACGAGCGAGUGAAUCUGAUUGGACGGAUUCCUCAUGGCACUGUACAUCUGGAGAGAGAAGGAGAGAAGGAUAGAAUGAAGGAGAAGAAUGGAAGAAAGAGGAGAGCGAGAAGAGGAGAGUGAUCGAUAGGCUGAUGGAGAGAGACAGAUUGGAGAAUGAAUGAGUUGAAAAGGAGGUUGCUAGAAGGAAAAAAUGAGCUCAGAGAAAGAGAGAGAGAUAGAGAGAGAGAGAGAGAGAGAGAGAGAGAGAGAGAGAGAUAGGGAGAUUGAGAGAAAGAAAGAAUGAGUGUGUGUUUCCUUCAGAGUACCUUCCCUUAGCAAAGCUGUUUGAAUCAGGCCAAAUGUCAAGUGCCUCUCUGCAGCUUUUCUUGCACACACUCAGAUUAGAUAGCCAGCCUUCUCUCUUUCUUUCUUUCCUUCUUUCUCUCUUUUCUCAUAUCUCUCGCUCUCUCUUUACCAGUGAGGACAAUAAAGCCUGCCUUCAUCUGCUGUCUCUUUUUCGUCUGCCCUUCUUUAUGUUACCAGUGACCAGAGCUCUAUCAUUUCCCUCAGCCGUGUUUUGGUCCCUGACCUCCAUGUCUGCUUCUGUGUAAAGCUUCUGGUGUGUGUGUGUGUGUGUGUGUGUGUGUGUGUGUGUGUGUGUGUAUCUGAAAUGACUAUCGAGAUCCAUCGAGGUUGUGCCCUGGUAUCCUUUAUGCCUGGCUAACACCGAUCUGAUUAUACAGUUUAUAUUUAUUGGGUAUAAAAGAUGGGUCUGUGGGGGGAAACUGUGGACCCCUGAAUCUCUGGUCAUCUUUAUUAUGGAAUCAUGAUGUUAUUACAUUUUGACUUACGUCUCCUCCUGUACAAAAUCUGUAUGGAAAAAAAAGAAAAAUUGUAUAAUAAUUUUUGGACAAAAAAAAAAUCUUGGUUUUAUUUCUUUUUUUAAAAAUGAUGUAUCUGCUCAUCUGGUGAUUGUAAAAU